AUGACCUUGAUGAGGAGUGGCGGCUUGGCGGGCAAGUGCUUUCCUCUGCUCGUCAAGCUUAACGGUUUUCCCACCGACUUCAUCGCAACAGCCCAAUUCUCCUACUCAUCCCCACUCCUCCCUGCUUUCCCCGUCCCCCUCUCCCCUCACCCCUUCUCCACCUCCCUCUCCCCUUUCUUCUCCCCCCAUGGGCGCCAGGGCAAGUGGGCCACAGGGGGCCAGCCAGAGGAUCUGCCAGGCUUCGUCCCGCUGGAGAUCCCCGACGACCAGUUGCAAGCUGCCACGUGGCAGCACCUGCCGCGCCUGUCCCGGGCGGCAGUGCAGCUGGUGGAAGCCGCGGACGUGAUUGGUGCUCGCACGCACUACGACACCAAUGGCAUGCUGCAUAAUACCCAGCAGGCUCCCUCCUCUCCUUCUCUUCCCCCAUCCUCCCCUGCCACUCUUCAGCUGCGCAUGGCUGGGCUGGCAGCAUUAGACGUGAUGCAGCAGGUGAGGCGCACGCUGCUGCUGAUAGCGGAUCAGAUGCGCAUCGCCCCUCUGCUCUUUGGGGCGGAGGGGGGACACGGGCCGGAUGAGCACGGAGGAUCACGAGGGGAUCUACAACGUGAUUGGCCGGGACUUUUACGUGCGCCUGCCGUGCUACAGCCGGGCAUUCCCAGGGUUAGUGCGCCUGCCGUGCUACAGCCGGGCAUUCCCAGGGUUAGUGCGCCUGCCGUGCUACAGCCGGGCAUUCCCAGGGUUAGUGCGCCUGCCGUGCUACAGCCGGGCAUUCCCAGGGUUAGUGCGCCUGCCGUGCUACAGCCGGGCAUUCCCAGGGUUAGUGCGCCUGCCGUGCUACAGCCGGGCAUUCCCAGGGUUAGUGCGCCUGCCGUGCUACAGCCGGGCAUUCCCAGGGUUAGUGCGCCUGCCGUGCUACAGCCGGGCAUUCCCAGGGUUAGUGCGCCUGCCGUGCUACAGCCGGGCAUUCCCAGGGUUAGUGCGCCUGCCGUGCUACAGCCGGGCAUUCCCAGGGUUAGUGCGCCUGCCGUGCUACAGCCGGGCAUUCCCAGGGUUAGUGCGCCUGCCGUGCUACAGCCGGGCAUUCCCAGGGUUAGUGCGCCUGCCGUGCUACAGCCGGGCAUUCCCAGGGUUAGUGCGCCUGCCGUGCUACAGCCGGGCAUUCCCAGGGUUAGUGCGCCUGCCGUGCUACAGCCGGGCAUUCCCAGGGUUAGUGCGCCUGCCGUGCUACAGCCGGGCAUUCCCAGGGUUAGUGCGCCUGCCGUGCUACAGCCGGGCAUUCCCAGGGUUAGUGCGCCUGCCGUGCUACAGCCGGGCAUUCCCAGGGUUAGUGCGCCUGCCGUGCUACAGCCGGGCAUUCCCAGGGUUAGUGCGCCUGCCGUGCUACAGCCGGGCAUUCCCAGGGUUAGUGCGCCUGCCGUGCUACAGCCGGGCAUUCCCAGGGUUAGUGCGCCUGCCGUGCUACAGCCGGGCAUUCCCAGGGUUAGUGCGCCUGCCGUGCUACAGCCGGGCAUUCCCAGGGUUAGUGCGCCUGCCGUGCUACAGCCGGGCAUUCCCAGGGUUAGUGCGCCUGCCGUGCUACAGCCGGGCAUUCCCAGGGUUAGUGCGCCUGCCGUGCUACAGCCGGGCAUUCCCAGGGUUAGUGCGCCUGCCGUGCUACAGCCGGGCAUUCCCAGGGUUAGUGCGCCUGCCGUGCUACAGCCGGGCAUUCCCAGGGUUAGUGCGCCUGCCGUGCUACAGCCGGGCAUUCCCAGGGUUAGUGCGCCUGCCGUGCUACAGCCGGGCAUUCCCAGGGUUAGUGCGCCUGCCGUGCUACAGCCGGGCAUUCCCAGGGUUAGUGCGCCUGCCGUGCUACAGCCAGGCAUUCCCAGGGUUAGUGCGCCUGCCGUGCUACAGCCGGGCAUUCCCAGGGUUAGUGCGCCUGCCGUGCUAUAUCCUGCCUGCCAUCCUAGGUCCUUGUUUUUUCCCACCUGGUUUGCACAUGUCACUGCGUUGCAAGCACAGUAG